AUGGGGGUCUCCAAGAGGAAGGCCCCGAGCGGCCAGGGCGACUCGGCGUCCCCCACGAGCGCAGCCAAACGGUCCCGCACUGAGGAGCUCACGGGCGUGCGGUUCAAGGCUCAGCUGAGGGACCCGCAGGGCUCGGGGCCAGCCUUGGAAGCAUUUGUCUCUGCUGCCAAGAAGCUACCACGAGAAGAUGUGUAUGAUGUUGUGGAAGGGUAUAUAAAGAUUUCUGUUGAGUGUGCAGAAAUUUUCCAGCUCCUGAGUGGAGAGAAGCGGCCUGAAAGUGAAUCCCCCCCCCUGCUAUUAAUAUUUCAAGUUUUCGAGGCCAUAUUGUUGAGGACAGCCGGUGAUCUUUCACAUUUCCAUGUUGUGGGAACCAACAUUGUGAAAAAGCUACUGAACAACCACAUGAAGCUCAUUUGUGAGUCCCUGUAUGCCUCGGGUUACAGGGUGGCUCGAGCCUGCCUGAACCUGAUGGCCGCCAUGGUGACCCAGGGUCCUGAAGCUGCCAGGGAUGUCUGCAGCCAUUUUGAUUUGAAUAAAAAGACCUUGUACACCCUGGUGACCAAAAGGGAUUCAAAGGGAGUGCAUGACGUUCGGCUGGCCUACAUUCAGUUUGUCCUUUCCUUUUUAAUUGCUGGCGAUGACAGCACUAUAGUGCAGGUGUUGGAGGUGAAAGAAUUUAUCCCUUGCAUCUUUAGCUCAGGCAUAAAGGAAGAUAGGAUUUCUACCAUCAAUAUUUUGUUAUCUACCCUGAAAACAAAGGUAGUUCACAAUAAAAAUAUCACAAAAACCCAGAAGGUGCGUUUCUUUACCGGGCAGUUAUUGAACCACAUAGCAUCUCUCUACAGCUGGAAUGGGAUUGCCGAUGUGAACCUGGAAAACCCAGGAAACUUCCAGAUCCCUGCUGACGAAGCAGGGAAAGCCAUGGUGAGGGAGCUCGUUCAUAACUUCCUGAUGGAUCUUUGCUGUUCACUCAAGCAUGGAAUUAAUUUUUACGAUGCGUCUUUAGGCACCUUCGGCAGAGGAGGAAACCUGACGCUCCUGCAUUUCUUGCUGGGUUUGAAGACUGCAGCGGACGAUGAGCUGGUGGCUGAGCUGGUGGUGAGCAUCCUGAAAGUGUGCCCAGACUUACUGAACAAGUAUUUCAAGGAAGUCACAUUUUCCUUUCUCCCAAGAGUGAAGUCCACUUGGUUAAACAAUAUCAAACUACUAAACAAGAUCUAUGAGGCCCAGCCGGAGAUUUCCCGGGCAUUUCAGACCAGAGAGUUUAUACCCUUGCCUCGGCUCCUGGCAAUGGUGAUGGUGACCACUGUGCCCCUGGUGUGCAAUAAGAUCAUGUUCACCCAAGCACUGAAUUUGGACAGCAAAUCAGUGAAACACACAGCUUUAUCCCUUACUUCCGUCAUUUUGAAGAGAGCAUUAAAAACUAUUGACCACUGCCUGAAUAAAGAGAUGUGGCAAGAAUCAGGCGUGUACACGGCCGUGCUGAUGGAAGAAUUUGUGCAGCUCUUCAGAGAAGCCCUGAGCAAGAUUUUGCCAGACCUGAACACUAUCGUGUGGGUCUGGCAGUCACUUAAAAAGCAAGAGACAAAACAGGAUGGCGAGAAAGGGAAGAAAAGGGGUGACAGGACUCCAGCUGCCUGCAAGACUCACCAGUGCGAUGAUGCAGAAACCAUUCUUUUGAAAGCCGUUCUGCUCCAGGUCAUAUGCCUCUACCAGAAGGUGGUCCCCCACGUGGUUACGCAGUACAACUUUGACUUCAGCAAGCUCCUAAAAGGUGUCAUCUCUGAGCAGGGCCUUCAAGAGGAGGUACCUCCCAUUCUGCAGCACCACAUGCUGAAGGUGGCCCUGGAACUGCCUGCCAACAAAUUUUUGUGGUUGAAGGCACAGGAAGGCCCAGAUGCACAAAUCAUUGGAGGUGAACGAUCAGUAUUUUACUUACUGAUGAAAAUGUUCGUGACCAGUAGCCAUUUACAACUCAGGUCAUCAACCAAACUUCUGAUCAUAAAGGUUUUAUUGACAUUGGUGGCGAAUCCCUAUUCAUACACAGACAAAGCAUCUGACUUUGUCCAAGAAGCCAGCACACUGCAGGCCACUGUGAUGAAGCUAGACGCUGAUGAUGUCAGCAUCCCUGUCUCCCACAUCGACGAUGUCCUCGACAUGGUGGAUGUCCUGGUAGAGGACAGCAAGGGCUUGGAUGAGGAAAUUGGGUUCUUGUUAAAUGAGGACAUGAUCCUGCUCACAUUCCCCUUCAGUGCUGUGGUCCCUGCAGCCCUGGAAGCCAGGAAUAAGUUGCUCCUUGGGACAGAAAAUGAAGCAGUGGAAAGCAUUGUGGCUUAUCUGACAGCGGUGCUGACUGACCUCCUCCACACUCAGAGGGACCCCCUGGCUCUGUGUCUUCUGCUCCAGGCCUAUGACAAGUUUGAGUCUCCAAGCCCACCUUGUUGCCAUCAGCUUUCCCAGUUUAACAGAUACUACAGCCUCUGGAUCCCGGAGCAAGCCCGAGAGGCCUGGCCAUUGCAGGUGUCAGGCAGCCCAGAGCCCCCCACACCUCCCUCGGCCUCCUGCUUCAUGGCCCUGCUACAGGUGGCCUACGAGCGCCAGGAGCUGUGGGACCAGCAUGUCCAGGUGCAGCUGCGGGCCGCCCUUUUGCAGCUCCCCAUGCACCAGGCCCCACGCGCGGUCAAGCAGGUGCUGCUCUACCUGAAGAGCGCCGUGGAGAGUUUUGACCAGCUGGGCAGAAGUGCAGGCCCCCCGCUUCUACAGCUCUACCUGGAUCUCCUCAAGCGCCUGGUCAUCCACUGUGAACAACUGGAUGCCCAGAACCAGCAGCGCUGUGAGGCUGCUAGGACAGAGUCUGACCUCUUCCUGGACAUGGAGGCCGUGGCCUCGCUGCAACUGGCUAAUGAUCAGACGCUGGAGGAGGUGCUUGUGACCACCCUCAGACAUCCCACGCUGGAGGGCUGGUUCCUGGCCCUGGAGCAGCAGUCUCUCCCCCCGCACACCCUCAGCCCCAUCCUUGUGAAACUCCUGGCAGCCCACUUUAGUGCAGGAGUCCUUCAGCUGCUGGCAGUGAGUGCCCCAAUCCUCCGGAACAUUGGUCAGCUGGGUCUCCUAGCUAGGUACUUAGAAGCCAUCACCCAAAGUGUGUUGAAAGAGCUGCGGACGAGGAGGGUGGGCCCAGCCACACUGCCACCCAAGACUCUGCCACAGCUGGAGGCCCUGCAGGAGCUGCAUGCAUACAUGGAGAGUGUCCAGCUCCGCGAGAUCACGCUGGCACUGCUGAGCCUGCCUGAGGCUCACCUGGUGACCCAGCGACCCACAAAGCCCCCUGGGAAAGAGAGAUGCCUGAACAUUCUUGGGAAGACCCUGGUGCAGCUGUUGACCAGCAGCCCCCAGGAUCAGCUGCAGAGUGGCGAGCUGUUCUGGUCCUCCGAGUAUGUGAGAAGCCUGGGGGCUUUGCUCCCCACACUGGCUGUGGACGAGCUGGACACUGUGUUCCUCCACACACUGCAGAGACACCCUGUGCUGGCUCCUGUGGUCAGGGUCAGCCUGCUCGAGUACUGCCUGGCCCGGCGGACACAGGCGGCUCUUGGCAUUGCUGGCCUGCUCAUCCAGCAGAGCUGUCCCCACCUGCUGUGGUUUGAGUGCUGGUGCCAGCAGGCGGGCACGGGGCCUGGCCUGCGCAAGGACCUGGACAGUUUCCUCCCCCUCGUCCAUGUGUACCUUCAGUGCAGGACUCAGGGCCAGUUCACCCGCCCAAUAGCAGUGUCCUCUGCUGUCAUUCCUGUCUUGAGGAAGUCCCUGUGGAGACAGCUACAGAGCAGAUUUUUCACUGCUGAUGACCCUCCAGAGUCUGGACUGUAUCAGGAGAUCCUGGCCCAGCUGGUCCCAUUUGCGAGAGCCAAGGAUCUCAGUGUCUUCAUGGACCGUCUGCCCAGCUUGCUUCAGGCUCCGAGUAAUCACAGGAGUUGGAUCAUGGCGGACUCUGUCUCUGUAGCCCUGGCAGGGUCUGCAGAAAAGCUGUGUGCCUGGAGAAGGACCCUUCUGCAGUCCUGUAUCAAGUGGCUGAUCAUGUCUUUCAGUGGUAGCCAGCCAGAAGAUGACAGUACUCGGGAUCAAGAGAAGCAAAUGCUGCUCAGAUUAGAUGAGCUGUUGCAUGCACUUAAUGAAGUUGAUCCUGGUGAUUGGCAGAAAUUUGUGAAGGCGGGACUCAAAUUUCGGUAUCAGGACCACACAUUUUUAAAGACCCUCCAUGCUGCCAUACAGCUGCUGUAUCGCCCAGAAAGCUCUGUGCACACGAAGCUCAUGCAGCUCCCUGUGAUCCACAUGAUGCUCACCCAGCACUCUCUGUUUCUGCCAAGUCUCCUGAAGUCCGAAGAGGAGGAAGAGAACCUGGAUGGUCAAGUCAAAGAAGUGCUGGUGGACCUGAUGUCAACAGUGGUGAGGAUAUGCCCCUCUGUCUGUGAGAGCAGCCACUUUGCAGUGCUUCUUGGGGCCUAUGGUGCCACUCUCAGCAUCCUGGACCAGAAGAUUUUACUUCUCCUCCAGGCCUAUGAACAGAACAAGCUCAGCCUCAUCAACUUCCGGGUGCUGCUGUGGGGCCCAGCAGCCGUGGAGCAUCACAAGACGUGCCGGAGUCUGGGCAAGUCACUGUGGCAGCAGCCGAGCGUCGGGGAUGUCCUCCGCCUGCUGGAUCGGGACCGAAUGAUGCAGACCAUCCUGCACUUCCCCCAGAACCGGAGGCUGCUGCCCCUUGAGGAUGCACAGGAGCUGAUAUUUAAAGAUAAGAGUUUGAGGGUGGAUCUCAAGGGCCUGUACGAUCCCUGCUUUCUCCUUCAUCUCUUCAGUGAACUGACCAGGCCAGAAUUUGUGGUGGAUUGUCGAAAAUUUUUGGAUUCAAAUGCUCUAGGCUUAACUGUCGCGGCCCUCAGCAGCUAUGACCCCCAGAUGCGAGCCGCAGCUUACUACAUCCUGGCGGCUUACUACUCGCACCUGGAGGGAGCACGGUUCCGAGAGCAGUCCCAGCUACUUUACCUGUUGGAUGUAGUCCGGAAUGGGAUUCGAACUCAGAACAUGAGACUCACUUUUACCUUGGCUCUCUUCAUUGCCAAAGCAGCCCAGCAAAUUUUGAAACCAGAGGAGCACAUGUACUUGAAGAUCAACAAGUUCCUGCUGUCACACGAGUACUUGAAUAUGGACAAGGUGCCAGGCUUCUACCAGUUCUUCUAUAGCUCCGACUUUGAGCAAAAAACCGAACAGGAAUGGGUGUUUGGAAUCCUGCGACAGGGGAUUCGUGACAAGCACUGCUACGAGCUGCUUGCCAGGCGAGGGGUCUUCCACAUCAUCCUGUCCUUCUUCAACAGCCCGCUGUGUGAUGAAGUGGUGCAGAAUUGGAUUCUGGAGAUUCUACAGAAUGUUGCCCAGGUUGCCAAAUCUGCCUAUGAAAUCAUACGGGACUAUAGCCUUUUAACCUGGAUUUUACACAUCCUUGAGAGCAAGUUUCUGGAAACUCAGCUGCUCUCUAACGUGAUUUCCUUGCUGCACAUGCUGUGGGUGACCAACCUGGGAGACAAGGGGGUGGAGAGGGAGAGCCGGCCUUGUCACCAGCCCUGCCCUCAGGAGCCCCCCAAACUGCUGGCUCUGCACCUGGUCAACGAGUUCCUUUAUGUUCUCGUCGAGCUCCCGAAGCACCUGAGGCCCACCUUGGCCUCCGCCCAGCUAACCAACUUCUUCUGGACACUUGACUCUGUGCUGAAGUACCGGACCACGGUCAUUCAGGCCUUCAAGGACAUGAACCGAUUCACCGUGAAUGAGACAGUGCUUUCCACCAAGGAUGUCCUUGUCCUCUUGCACAAGUGGAGCCUCAUCGAAAGGGACAUCAGGCUCCAAGAAGACCUGAGAGCAGCCGUUGAGAAGUGCCAAGUCAGGGAGCUGAUGAAAAUGCUCAAGGACAAGAAUAAGCCUGUCGUGCCAGCCCGAGCCAAGGGCCCGCGGGGCCGAAAGAGGCGGCCUGGGGAGGCAGAGGAGACAGCCGACCCUGAGCUGAAGGCAUCCAGCUUGGAGACGUGCAAGGGCCUCCUAAUUUCCAUAUUCACCCACUGGGGGCCAGAGAUCCCUGGCCCUGAACCCGCUCAGGACCCUGUGGAUGGGGCCAAUCUGGAGAGUGGGGCACCCAGCCCCAUGUCCGCCACCACCCCUCUGGUGGUCAGCUGGGUGCUGCGGUCAGCGGCCGAGCAACCUCUCAGCAGGGUAGAGGCUGCAGGGCUCCUUGGCUGGCUUAAGAGCCACAUUUUGCCACACUCGGUGGUUAUGGCUGACCUUCUUAGGGACAGUGCCGUGAGAAGUGCCAUAUUCAAGUUGUACAGCCGGUUCUGUGAUGCCGAGAGGCUGGCAGGGCCUGCACAAGAUGUGGCCUGCCUGUUUAACACAGUCAUGCUACAGCUGGUGGUGGCCCAGGGCAUAGAGGGGAGCCCCUUGCACCUGGCUGCAGAGGCCCUCUGCCGCUCCUCCCUGGAAGAGAAGGAUGGAGCUGCGCAAGCAUCUGCAGCAUUCCUGGUGUCUCUGUACAUUAAGGACAUCUGGCUGGGGGCCCAGCGGCCAGACACCCUCCUAACCCACGUCCAAAUGAUCUGUGAUGCCGUGGAGGAUGCGCCAUGUGGUGAAGAGGAUGCGCCAUGUGGUGAAGAGGAGGCCAUUGUUGUGCUCUGCAAGGAUGUCGCUAUCUCGGCCUCAGGUGCCUGAUGCCCUGCCAGCUGGUGCCUUGAGCACCAGGUUCUAGAAGUUUGGUCGAGUCAAAGAUGUCCAGACAUGCGAAAUGACAUGUUCUGUACAUUGACUCAGUUCUCCAGUAAGAAAAGUUGUAAGGACUUCGUUUAACUGACCAGUAAAUAAUGAAUGCAAGGGACUCCAUGUACCAAGCCAUCAGUGCUGCAGGGAGCAUGGGGUGUGUCUGGGUCAUGAGGCCCAUCAGGUAGGCAAGACCCUUCUUCUCAGGGGUUCCAUCACUCUUCAAAGGAAAUACCUCAAGUUGAGGUGACACUUCUGAGUGCGUAAGGGAUUCGUGGAUAUUAAAGCUAAAAUGUCAAAAAAUAUUCAAGAUAUUUUUUGAUAAUCACGGAGAUAUUUAACAUUUUCUUUCUGUAAGAAGUCAUAACAGUUUUGUAUGACUUUUUGAAUAAAUUUCUGCCAGUGCUUGUUAAUUUAUUAAAUAAAAGGGUGUUACACUAAAUCCUUAAAGUUUAAAAUUGAUUUGACCUCUGCUUUGGGAUAAUACUCUGUAUUUUUUUAAGUUGUUUUCAAAGAGAGAAUUUUGAAUUUUUUAACCUCAUUAAUAAAUGUCUAUUUUUU